CGCUCCAAUAUUAACUUACCGUACAACUCUUUUCUUUACGAGUAAAUUUUCUCGGCAAAAUCCAUUUUUCUUGUUGGAGCUGACUGAGAAGGAAAGUGGCGGAAAAUAUUCUUUGAAUUUUGUUUUAGGUGAAAGCAAAAAUGCAUUCCCUGACGUUUAAAGGUUUCACUGAUUUUAACACGGGGACGAGAAUCUCUUGGCCAGGUCGAGAAAAUAGCGGUUGCGUUGGGUUGGAGGUAGCGAGGACGCGGGUUGGACUGGGUUGGAGGGAUCUCACCAGGAACUGUAGGAUUAUGGCCUGUGCGUUGGAGAGGGACGAAGGUGGUGGCACUGGAAGGGAAAGCCCUAGUUCGGGAUCGCGUUCGGACUUCGGUACGGGUUUGAACAUGAGUGCUAGUUCGUUCCUGUCGCGGAGCCAAACUUAUGCUACGUUGAAGCAGCAGAUGGAGGUCGCCGCCAGAGCGGAGGAUUACAAAGAAGCAGCAAGAAUUCGUGAUUCUUUGAAAUCAUUUGAAGAGGAAGAGCCAGUUCUACAACUUCGCCGCUUGAUGAGAGAGGCCGUGAUUGAUGAGAGGUUUGAGGAUGCUGCGAAGUAUCGCGAUGAGCUAAAGGAAAUUGCACCACACACUCUCUUGAAGUGUUCAAGUGAUGCAACAACUUUGGGCAUCAGGAUUCAAGUUAGGAGUGUUUAUAUUGAAGGCCGUAGCCAACCUCUAAAGGGGCAAUACUUUUUUGCAUAUAGAAUAAGAAUCACCAAUAACUCUGAUCGUCCUGUUCAACUUCUCAGAAGACAUUGGAUUAUUACUGAUGCAAAUGGAAAGACUGAGAAUGUGUGGGGAAUCGGAGUCAUAGGUGAACAGCCUGUUAUACUUCCAAAGACAGGUUUUGAAUACUCGUCUGCCUGUCCAUUGAGCACUCCCAAUGGCAGAAUGGAAGGUGACUUUGAGAUGAAACACAUUGAUAAGAUUGGGACACAGACUUUCAAUGUGGUAAUUGCUCCAUUUUCUCUCUCUACACUGGGAGAUGAGGUUGAUUUCUAUGAAGUAUAAAUUUUGACAUCUCAAUGAAGAGGUAGAAGACCUGCAUUGUGGAUACGCAUUCGAGUUAUUGCAAACUGAAGGUUCACUUGUAAAGCAUUGUAUUUAUAACUUUAAGUGUAAAGAUCACCCCAUCAGUGGGGAAUAUAGGUCAGAGUUAACAUUUUCACAUCAGAUAUAAAUUAUCAAAAUUAUGUAACGAUUAAACUAAAAAUAUGCUGGAAUUAAUAUACCAUAUAGAAUCUGGGACAGUUUUUAGUUGUUUGAAGCA